CAACUCAUUCGUCGGUCCUCCCGUUGUUCUUCUUCUUCUUUUGCUGAACGAGCGCAGUAGUCCUUCCUUUUUCCCAUUCUAAUCUAGUAAAAGAAACUAUGCUGGAAUCUUGCACUUGACGGCCACACUUCUCGUCUGCAUCACUGCCUAAUCUAGCUCAACUUGUAUCUGUUUAACAGGGACAUAGAGCAUGGCGACUUGGCGAGCCUAGAUGCUGCUGAGUGCUGAGAUGUCAUCGAGGCCCAAUUGAAAGCGCCACCAUAGCCGACUUUUCGGAUGGUAGUAUACUCAAGGUCCACUCAACCACCGGCCUUCUUCCCUUGCAAUCCCGGGAUGCUGUGAACCCUCCGUUUCUCCCACCAGAACAAUCGCCUACCUUUAAGCUAAGGGAAGCUCCACCAGCACAUCGCUAUACAUCAGUGGUGUUCUCACUCUCCUUCCAUGCACAGCUGCACACCAAGAACUUGACGCGGCAUCAGCGGCCGUGCUGGUUGCUGCUGCUCUGGUUGAUCGAUCAGGGGGCGGGGCGCCGCCGGCUAGCAGCUUAGAGCCAUGGGGGCCAGCCUCAGCCUCGUGCCGCUCAUCGACUACUUCGCCCGCCGGGAGUUCCUCGCCGCCGGCCUCCGCCCCCACUCGGUCACGCUCCCCUACCCCGACGGCGGGUCUACGGGCACAUGCACCGUGCACUACUGGGCGCCGGCGGGGGAGCCGCGGCUGCCGCCACUGCUGCUCAUCCACGGCUUCGGCCCUCGGGCCACCUGGCAGUGGCGCUGCCAGGUGGGGCCGCUGUCCCGCCAGUUCCACGUCAUCGUCCCGGACCUGCUCGGCUUCGGCGGCAGCUCCUGGGACUCGCCCUCGGCGCCGCCGCCGUCCGAGGCCACGCAGGCCGCGGCGCUCGCGGCGCUGCUGGACUCGGUGGAGGGGCUCAAGGGCAAGCGGGUGGCCGUGGCGGGCACGAGCUACGGCGGGUUCGUGGCGUACUGGCUGGCGCGCGCGGCGGGGCCCCGGAGGGUCGGCCCCGUGGUGAUCGCGAGCUCCGACCUGCUCAAGACGGCGGCCGACGACCGCGCGUUCCUGAAGAGGGCCGGCGAAGGGUGGAGCGGCGCGCACGAGCUGCUCCUGCCGGCCGAACCCGCCGCCAUGAGGAGGCUGAUGGAGAUGGCCGUGCACCGCCCCCCGCCGGCCAUGAUGACGCCGGACUUCGUCCUCCGGGACUUCAUCCAGAAACUGUUCAUGGACAACAGGGAGCAGCUCACCCAUCUUUUCAAGGGGAUCACGGUGGGCACCGACAAGUUCCAAGUCACACCAUUGUCCCAGGAAGUGUUGAUUGUCUGGGGAGAGCACGACCAGUUGUUCCCAGUAGACAAGGCCUACUCAAUUCAGAGGUCAUUGGAUGGGAACGCUAGAGUGGAGAUCAUCAAGAAGACGGGCCAUGCUCCACAGCUCGAGGACCCGGCCCGGUUCAACAACAUCAUGCUGGACUUCUUGAUGGCGGCAGACCCUGCUUGGACCAAUGGCAGCUCGCUAUGAGAUGCAUAGCCACUACCUACACCAUUGAUUGCAAUAAGAUUGCUUAGCCAUUUGGGCCCAUGCAUUCAGAGCUAUCAUGUACUACUAAUGUGUACAUCAAUCAGGGUCUAUUUGAUUUGCAUGAUUCUGGGAUGCAGGAUUAGAGUGUCACAUCAUCUUCGAUAUUUGAUUUUAUGUACAAAGCAAAGCAUCGGUUUUGUUUCUUUCUUCCAAAGAAUUACGACGGAUGAAAAGGUUUCUAUGAAAUCCAGUGUAACUAAAUACCAAAGGAAAAAUGGCAUGGUCUUUCUUUUUUA